CGCAGCAGUCGGCCGGUUGGAUCUGCGGCUCAUUCCGCCGGGGUGCGAAAUCUAUAACGGUGGGGAUCGGUCAUCGCAAACGCGCUACUCCAGCGGUCAGAAGCCCCAGGGAGAUAUCUUGGAGCAGCCAUGGUCUCGCAGCUGGGACGGAUUAGUGUCGUGAGUGCGCUGCUUUUGGCAUUUGUGGCCCUCGUAAUUGCCAGCAGCGAGCAGGAGAAAACCGAACUCGAUCCCAAUGCCAGCUGCAAUUACACGCUGGUGAAGAAGAAGACCCUGGGCGUGGAUCCCUCCUUCUGGAAGAAGUUCUUCAAGCAUCUGAUACCCUUCACCAGUUCGAGGGGUAAGAUGCAGUUCAUACUCUUCAAGCGGGACUUUGCGGACUGCGGCAGGGAACUGUUCGUCGGCGAUGUGGAAAACCUGCGGAACUCGGGCUUCGAUGCACGUCAUCCAACGAGGAUUGUCAUUCACGGCUGGAUGAGUCAGAGCAAGGGUUCCCAUAUAAGGAAGGUUAAGAACGCCUAUCUCAGCCUGACCAAUCCGGGACCCAAUGGAGAACCCGCCGCCUACGAGGACUUCAAUGUGAUCGUCUGCGACUGGAGCAAGACCUCCACGAACGUGAACUACUACGAGGUGGCCAAGAUGGUGGAGGACAUGGGUGCGCUGCUGGCGGAACUGGUGCGCUACCUCAACCAGGAGGCGCACAUGCAUUUCGACGACGUCUACGUCAUUGGACACUCGCUGGGAGCGCAGAUCGCCGGCAGUGCGGGGAAGCAGAUAAUGCCCUAUCGAUUCAACACCAUAUACGCCUUGGAUCCGGCGGGACCACAGUUCCGGGAGAAGAGCGACGAGUACCGCAUCGAUGCUAGUGACGCCUCCUAUGUGGAGUCCAUUCAAACCAGCGUUAGCUUUGGGUUCGAGCAGCCCGUGGGACACGCCACCUUCUAUCCCAACUAUGGGAAGAACCAGAAGAAGUGCUAUGUGUAUGGCUGUUCGCAUAAGAGAUCCCAUGAUUACUUCAUAGAGUCGCUGACGAGUCCGGCCGGAUUCUGGGGACCACGGUGCGAGCGCCACGACGAUGGCACCUGGGUGCUCCUGAUGAGCGACGGAGAAUUCCGGAUGGGCGGAGAGCCCUCGAUCCCCAAGAACGGAACCUUCUAUGUGAAGACCUACUCGAAGCCACCCUAUGCCAUGGGCCACAGAUGGCAAACGGAGCCGCCUCCACGGGAGGAUGAUGUUGAGAACUCCACGGAGGAGUAGGGUAUUAGUUGAUAUACUCGUGUGUACAUUUGUUAAUUAAAUAGAGUGAUAACUUUGGUAUUUAUAA